AAGCGAAGCGAUUCCAAAGUGACCGUGAGUGCUCAAUCGUUAUUUAUUAAUUUAUAAAAUUACUUGCUGGAAACUCUUGGAGAUGGCACAUUUCCCUGAUACAAUUAGUUACGAUAGAAGGGAAAUACUCGGUACGGGUGGCUUCGGGACAGUGUUUCUCGGUAGUUACGAUGGCAAACAAGUCGCCGUCAAGAGAAUCGAAUUGCAGCGAUUGGAUCCGAAAGAUCGUGAAGUCACACUGCAAAAACAGCUCAAUCACGAAAAUGUCAUGGCAAUUCUAGCCGUUGAACAUGAUGUCGACUUUAGAUUAAUCGCUCUUGAAUUGUGUGCCGGAACGCUAAUGCACGUUUGCGAGGGGAAAUACGUUGGACCAACUCUUCCGUCGGAUGUACAAGUGGUGCAACAGAUUAUCGAAGGGCUGCAUUACAUUCACUCGAAGAAUUUGGUUCACCGAGACGUUAAACCGGAAAACAUUCUCGUUUCGAAAUCGGAACCUGCAACAAUCAAAUUGUCCGAUUUUGGAUUCAGUAAGCAAACGAGUAGCAGCGGAAUGUAUUCAAUAAGCGCCAUCAAAGGGACUCUAGAUUGGAUGGCACCCGAGUGGAAACUGAACAAUGCAACAGAAAUUAAAACAGGCUCGUCCAGCAUCGACAUUUUCUCAACCGGAUGUGUCAUUUUCUAUUACGUGACCCGCGGGACACACCCGUUUGGUGAAGCUGAUACAGUGACAAGUAAUAUUGUCCAAAAUAAUCCAGUCAAUAUUGAUAAAGCUGGCGAUUGUCCAGAACAAUUUCUGAUUGGCAUUGUACGCGAAAUGAUUGAAUAUGACCCGAAUAAAAGACCGCCAUUGGAAAACGUCCUGAAGAAAUUGAAAUUGCCAUUUUUGACAGACUCUGUAAAUGGAGCGGGAGCUAGCAGGACAGUUGAAGUCAAUUGGUGCGGCACGGGUGAAUUUCAGAGUGUUGUGCGGCCAGUGGCCGAAGAUGGCCAUUGCGUCAUCCGAUUCCACCCGACCAAACCCGUUCUUGUCUGCAUCGUCGGUGAAAAAAUGAUCGUGUUCUAUGCGGCCAAUUCGUCCAUUCCUUUUUCUAAUUGGGAUGCAAAGCCAAUUGAAUUUCCUCGUGGAAAUAUAGAAAGAAUUGUGACGAUGGAAUGGAACAUAGACGGUACCCAAUUGGCUGCCAUCGCUUCUAACGAGCGUGACAUCAUCGUGUGGAGUUAUCCAAGUGGCGAAAUUCUCUUUCAAAAGAAUUUACCCGAGCAGAUCCAACAAAUCGUGUGGAAUCCUUUCAGACCUAACCUGUUUGCUACUUUUAAGAGAUGGUGGAAUCCUUUCAGAGAAGACAUCGCCGAAAAAGCUCGAGGUGUGUGGCUUCGAAACUUUCAAUACUCGGUGACUUUCUGUGAUUCAUCGCCUGCCGACCGACCAACAUUUCACUUAUGCACAUUCAAACGUGAGACAACCGGAGUGAUUGUGAGUGUCCAGUGGAUCUCGGAGAACCGAGCCGCUCUCGGCUUAUACAAUGGCGGAAUUGAAAUUUGUGAAAUUGGCAAAUCGACGGCGACAGUCAAAGUCGUCAAAUUCGUUGGAUACAGAAACGUUGUUUGGUCAGUGGACAGCGACCAACCCAUUCACGUCUACAAGAACGGAUUUUGUCGAAGCUUUGCUUGGCUUCCGAACGGCCGGAAAAACACGGGCGACGAGGGAAUGAACGCGGCCAGGAAUUCGUCAGACAAUUUCAUUUUGGUUAGUGGAAUGGAUAAAGGGAGAAUUCUCAUUUGGACUCCACUGGCAAAAGAAAAGGACGAAAGAAUUCUUAGAUGUAGUCUAAGAAUUGUAAUGUGUAAUUCAGGUGUAGUCGAUUCCUUGUCGUUUUCACCCGACGGACGGUUUCUCGCAUCAGCCGACACGGAUGGCAAAUUGAUCAUUUGGUCAACUGAGAAUUGGGAGUCGGUUUUCAUCGGUGAAAAAGAUGGAUGGGUUGAUUCUCCUUCGUGGAUGUCUACUUGUACGAACGUCCCUGAAUAUAAAUUGACUUUCAACUCAUCUAAUGGCAUGGUCCGUGUCGUAGAAUACCGUCGGCCAAAUUGGGUAAUUCAAGACGUUGUCCCCAUGAGAAUUGCGAAUGAAUAAUCGGAUCCAAAGACGACAAAAAAAUAUCACAAGUAAAAUAUAUCAGUUCUUCGCGUGCAAAUAUGUAAUAACUAUACCAUUUCCUUAAAAAAAAAUGUCUCAAAUGGACGUUUUAGCCUGCGAUAACUCGCGUCGCAUUGAAUGCAAUUUCUAUAUUUGGUGUUUGGAGUAUUAAGCUUAUAAUAUACAACGUCAUGAUGUGCUA